AUGAGUACCUGUGCUGCCUCUUGACCCACCUCUGUCGACUGUGUGUGUGUGAUCAGGAUACAAUCCACCGUUUUUUUCCCUCGAGCCUACCUCAACCCGCUCUCUCACCCACGCACACACACUCCCGUUAUUUCAGGGCGCCGGAGGUGAGAUUCGUCUUUACCUGUCCGGGUUGCACACCUGAGCGGACUCACCUGUCCGCCGAAAGACGCCUCGUUGUUUUUGAUUAACAACGAAAAUCUAGUUUAAAGAAAAGUGUGCGAAGGAAAAAAAGGAGAUUAAAGAGGCACGCAGCUCGCGAAACGACAAGAAAGGUGCGAGCAGGAGGACGAGGGGACCGACACCUUCCAUUUUUUCCUUCAAACUUUGGAGUUUCCUGCUUUUGUAACUUUUUUGUGACGUCGCGACUUUUCCAAAAACUCCCCAAAAGAAGGACUGCGGUUUAAUUAAGCAUGCCGAGGGCCUUUUUGGUGAAAAAGGCGAAUGUUUCGCCCGGAAAGCGGAACUGGAGCGAGCUCCCUGAUCAUGAGCGAGGGGACGUCUACAUCCCAGUCUCCAUCUUCCCUCCGUCCGUCCUGAUGAUGGAAGCCGAAGCCAGCCUCGCAGAGACGACGCCGCUCUGCCUCACCAAACAGUCUCUCUCCGACACGCAAACACACGCCGAGCUGCCGUCCAGCACCAUGCUGGGCCGUCCGCAGAGCCCGGCGCCCUCGUCGCCGGAGGAGAGGUCAGAGGUCAGAAGGAGGUCGCAAGGCGGCUCCACAUACGUCCGCUCCAAAAUGAAGGUAACGACAGGCGAGUUACCGCCCGACCCCUCUGCUCCUCCUCUCUCUCUGCCUGCCAUCCCCGCCCCGCCAUCGCUAACCCCGAACACCGCUGUGAUGGCAGUUGCCAUGACAACAAAACCUGACCCUGUGGAAGCGGUCUCCAUGACAACCAGAUCAACAGGCCAAAAUCUGAGUUCGUUGUUUGUGUGCCAGGUUUGCCAGAAGACCUUCCAGUACCAGCGAAUGUUAAACAGACACCUCAAGUGUCACAACGAGACCAAGAGACACCUGUGCAGCUUCUGCGGCAAAGGCUUCAACGACACCUUUGACCUCAAGAGACACGUGCGCACACACACAGGAGUCCGUCCCUACAAGUGCACCCUGUGCGACAAGGCCUUCACCCAGCGCUGCUCGCUGGAGUCCCACAUGAAGAAGAUCCACAGCGUCACCCAGAAGUACGCCUACAAGGAGCGACGCAACAAGCUGUACGUCUGCGAGGAGUGCGGCCUCACGUCGGGAACUCAGGACGAGCUGCUGAUGCACCUGCACUCGCUUCACCCCAACAGCGCCCUGCUGAAGGGGAAGGCUGCGCGGAGAGCGGCGGGAGCGGCAGGAGGAGGCAGGGAGGCCGAGUCGGUGCCGAACUCCCCGCAAGGAGCUGACAGCGACGACACGACUGGAUCGGCAGGGCAGUAAAAGAGAGGAAAUAUCAUGAAAACCACAAACUCAGGACAUAUGGACAUUUUGUGUAGCUGAAGUGAAACAUGACGGGUGGACGACAUUAAGUGGGGAAAUGUGUGUAUUUGUAUGAGUGUACAUGUGUAUGGAUUAAGGUAUCUGUAAAUAUCACAGACUGCAAUGUUUAAUUAAAUCAAGCUCCGAACGAGGCCAAGUUUGACUAAUAUAUAUUUUUACGUUGGGAUUUUGAUGUGGAUGAGUAUAUUAAUAUGUCUGACAACACCAAUGUACUGUUCUUCGUCUGUGUUGCAUGUGAAUACUACCUGUGGGCGUCUCUGUACAGAGUUUUUCUAUGAAAAAAGUACUUUGUUCAUUAAAGGGAGUAAUAUAUUACAUAAGAAGGAA